UUUUCUUUGAGUAACGUUGAACUUCAAGACCUUGACUUAUAAAGGCAGGGGAGGACCACUAAAGGGAUUUGCUGGAACUAUUUAAGGAACUUGUUUGUGACAAUUAGUAGAAGAAAUGGCUGGAGAUUUAACAGUGAAAGUAAAUGAUGGAGUUGAUCGGUGCAGUAAGACAUGUAAUAUCGUGGUUCAGGUGAUUGUGGGCCUUAUCUUUACAGCAUUUGGCAUCGCUAUGAUUGUAGUAGGUGCCAUUUACUUGAACAGUUGUCCAGCUCAAACUUAUGUUCCAAUAUAUUUAAUUGUUGCUGGAGCUUUCUUCCUGUCGUUUUGGCUGUUGUUUCCAUUAGAGUUCUUCCAUGCUAAACUAAGAAAGAUAUUAAGUGCCCUUGUUGCUGUUUUCUUGUUUGCCUGGCUUAUUGCAGGCAGUGUGUGGGUGUUCGGAAUAUUUAACAAUAGUACAAGAGCCUGCCAUAGAAGCAUGUAUCUCUUCACUUUCUCAAUCAUAAUCAUACAGUACAUAUUAUUGGGACUAGCAAUCAUUUUUGGUCUCAUUGCAUGUUUCUGCUCCAAAAUGACGUGUUGCUGCAGCUGCUGGAACAAAAAAGUUUGAAAAUCUUAUGGAAGAAAGAUUCACAACAGUGUUAUCGUAUGAGCAAAAAAUACAUUGGGGCAUAUUUCUGAUCUUGCUUGCGUUUGUUUGAAACAGUGUCAGAAAAUGCAUGAAAGGCACUGAUUGCCAUUUUUUUUAACUUUGUGGCAAAAAACACGAGAUUUAUUAUUUAUAUCUGGGAAUUUAUAUAGCAACUUAUACAGAGAUUACGAUCUUUCUUACACUUUGUGACACCUUUUCUAAUGAAUGGGAGCAUUGAUCUUGAUUUAUGUAUUACACAUACAUAUAUAUAUAUAUAUUUAUAUAUAAUAUAUAUAUAAUAUUAAUAAUGUCAGUGAUAAUUUAAAAUUACCUUUUCACUUGUGUAUUGUAUCCUCACCAAAAAGAAUAUAAAGUACCUAAUAAAUGAGUAUAUAUUACUACAAUG